UCUCUUGAACUUUAAACUUCCAUAUUACAUUAUGAAUUGGUUCGAAGAUAAGAAGUAGAAUAAAUUCUCUCUUGUGGACAGGACUGAAUCUCUGCUUUUCCAGAGGCACACACAGUUGAGAUCAUGGCAUUUGACGGCAGUUGGAAAGUAGACCGGAAUGAGAACUAUGAUAAGAUCAUGGAGAAAAUGGGCAUUAAUGUGCUGAAAAGGAAGGUCGCAGCUCAUGACAAUUUGAAAUUGACCAUCAGGCAAGAAGGGAAUAAAUUCACUAUUAAAGAAUCUUGCAGGAUUCGAACCAUUGACGUUGUGUUUGAACUCGGUGUCAACUUUAACUAUACUCUAGCAGAUGGAACAGAACUCAGUGGUUCCGUGAGCCUUGAGGGAAAUAAACUUAUUGGAAAAUUCAAACGCGUAGACAAUGGAAAAGAUCUGAUUGUUGUCCGAGAAAUUUCUGGUGAUGAACUAAUCCUGACCUACAUAUAUGAAGGAGUCGAAGCCAAGCGGAUCUUUAAGAAGGAAUAGGCAAGCUUCUUGGAGCCUAGAGCAACACUGAAGAGCUACACUGUUUUCAGACUUCUCUCUCCAUCAUGUCAAUGCCAGGAAGAUUCAUCCUUUCAUGAGCAUUGCUAGAUUUCCAGUCUUCUCAUAGUCUAAAAUGCAAAAGCAUUAGCACUUCAUUUGUUUUAUGUUCCUUAAGAUAUACAUGAUCUGUUAUUUUAAAAGAAAAUAAAUAUCAUUCUCACAU